CUCUUCUUCUUCCCUCUUUUUCUCUCUGCUUCAGAAAAUCGAAAAAUCUGAAUUAGGUUUCCCAUGGAAGCUCUAGUUGUUAGCAUCCAGGGGCUCUCGUCUAACGCCGGAGACCUCUCCAACCUCCACAACCUUCUGAAGCAAGCGCACGACUCGCUUCGCGCCGAGGAGUCGAUUCGGUUGCUUCCUCUUCUGGACCAGCUUGAUCCCUCUCUGCAUUCCCUCGGCUACCUCUACAUCUUCGAAGCAUACAGUUCUGCUGCAUUUUCAAAGGAGCAAGUGAGUGCUGUGGUGUUGCCCACUGCCAGAUUUAUCAAUGCGUGCGACAAGGAACAGAUUAAACUGGCACCUGAGAAAUUCAUAAGUGUUUGCAGGAGGUUCAAAGAUUUUGUUAUGCAGCUUGAAGCCCCAUUGAGAGGAGUGGCACCAAUGUUGACAGCAAUUCGGAAGAUUCAAAGAUCCUCAGAACACUUGACCGCCUUGCAUCCAGAGUUUCUGCUACUCUGUUUGUUGGCAAAAUGCUAUAAAGCUGGAUUGUCCGUUUUGGAUGAAGACAUCUUUGAGGUUGAUCAGCCAAAAGAUCUUUUUCUCUACUGUUAUUACGGGGGGAUGAUAUGCAUUGGACAAAAGCGUUUUCGCAAAGCAUUGGAGCUUUUACACAACGUUGUAACAGCUCCGAUGUCUGUGGUUACUGCAAUAGCUGUUGAAUCUUACAAAAAGUAUAUAUUGGUUUCACUCAUUCAUAAUGGACAGUUCUCUCCUCAUCUCCCUAAAUACACAGCAUCUGUAGCUCAAAGGAAUCUGAAGACCUAUUGUCAGUCAUACUAUGAAUUGGCAAAUAGCUAUUCCACGGGUAAGAUUGCUGAAUUCGAAACCGUUGCCCAGAAACACCGAGAGAAGUUUGAUAAUGACAACAAUCUUGGACUGGUGAAGCAGGCCAUAUCUUCCAUGUAUAAGCGCAACAUUCAGAGGCUCACUCAGACUUACUUAACUCUCUCCCUCCAAGAUAUAGCCAACAGUGUUCAAUUAAACAGUGCUAAGGAAGCUGAAAUGCAUGUGCUACAGAUGAUUCAAGAUGGUGAGAUCUUUGCAACAAUUAACCAGAAGGAUGGAAUGGUUAGCUUUCUUGAGGAUCCUGAACAGUAUAAAUCCUGUCAGAUGAUUGAACAUAUUGACUCAUCAAUACAGAGGAUAAUGGCGCUUUCGAGGAAGCUGACUACUAUGAAUGAGAACAUCUCUUGUGAUCCUAUGUACCUAGCAAAGGUUGGGAGAGAGCGGCAACGAUUUGACUUUGAUGAUUUUGAUCCGGUUCCUCAGAGGUUUAAUAUUUGAAUCAAUCAUUUGCACCCUUCCCAUCGGCAUUGGAUGAUAAUUAGGACAAAUAUAGUGGAUCUCCUGAAUCGGUUUUCCAGCAAAGAGAUGGGCAACAUUUUGUCAUUUCCUUCAAAUCCUAUCUUGUUAUGAAACUAGUUUCGAUCAUAUUUUGUAUUUACUGCUCUUGCCACCUUCUCUGAUAGGAAUCUAGCAAUGCAAUGAUGAGGAAAUGAAACAAAAUGCGUGUUCAUGGUUAUCAUUACUCCAAAACUUCCGUCUCUACUGUUGAAUGUCGUAGCUCUAA